AUGGCAGAUUCAUAUUCCUAUAGAGGAGGGAAAAAAAUUGCUGGAUCUAGCAAAGCCAACGCUGACAAAGAAAGCCAUAAGACGGAGAUGAAGAUCAGCCCGACGUACGAGAAGUCACGGAUUGGAAAUGCAACGAAUGAUAAAACAGAAGGCAAAAAGAAAGGAAGACCCAAGGCAGACAGCCAAGCCCUGAAGGAUAUUCCUCUGCCUCUGAUGAACCAGUGGAAAGAGGAAUUCAAAGCCCAUUCCAGGGUGAAAUGCCCCAACUCUAGCUGUUGGCUGGAAUUCCCCAGCAUCUACGGCCUAAAAUACCACUAUCAGCGCUGUCAAGGGGGCCCUGUCUUGGAGAAACGGACCUUCCCUUGUCCGUACUGUGAAGCGGCGUUCACUUCGAAAACCCAGCUGGAAAAGCACCGCCUCUGGAACCACCUGGAUCGGCCGUUGCCAGCCGUCGUCCCCCCGGUAGACCACAAAGUGCACAAAGCGGCUAGCAAAGGGGGCAGCAAGAAAAGAGCUGCAGAGCGUUCGCCUUCACCCACCGUCCAUCCCAAACAGGCCAAGGUAGAAAAGGCCGUUGCCUUCCAGCGCCCCGAGAACGGAGAGUGUGCUGCCGUGAAGAAGGAUGGGAAAGAGUUCCCGGCCAUGGCUGCGGGGGGCGGCGGGGGGGCGGUGACCCCGGCCAAGCAGCCGUCAGGCGGCAGAAGUUCCAAGCAGCAGGCGAGCCGGCAUGCCAUUGUUCAGGAGGAAGACCCCGAGAGAAUGAAGCACAGAAGGAAACAGAAAACUCCUAAGAAGUUUACUGGGGAGCAGCCAUCCAUCUCGGGGACGUUCGGACUGAAAGGACUGGCAAAAGCCGAGGAUAAGGCAAAAGCUCACCGGGCGAAGAAACUGGAGGCGGCCUUAAGUAGCAGUGGCAUUAAUAACGAAGAGCUGAAAAAGAAACUGCCGGGAUCCAGCGCCAAAAAGGAGGCGGCCCCGAUGCCAGCGGCACCUUCAGCGACAGUGAGCCCGGAGGAACAGUGGCAGCGGACAAUCAAUGAGAAGGGAGAGGUGGCCUGCCCGACCUGCAGCAUGAUCACCAGGAAAACGGUCCUCGGUCUCAAGAAGCACAUGGAAGUUUGCCAAAAACUGCAAGACGCCUUGAAGUGUCAACAUUGUAAGAAGCAGUUCAAAUCCAAGGCAGGAUUGAAUUAUCACACCAUGGCAGAACAUGUCAACAAGCCUGUUCCCGUGGAAGCCGCCGCUCCCCUUAAUGAACUCGAAGAGCGAGAGAGGCUGAGGAGAGUGCUAAAGCAGAUGGGAAAACUUAAAUGCCCCAAUGAGGGCUGCGCGGCGACCUUCUCCAGCCUCAUGGGGUACCAGUACCACCAGAAGCGGUGCGGGAAGCAGCCCUCGGAGUUGGAGAAGCCCGUCUUCACAUGUCCCCAUUGCGGGAAGGUUUACAAGUCCAAGGCAGGGCACGAUUACCACGUGAGGUCGGAGCAUCCGUCAACGGUGAGACACCCCCCCCCCACAAGCACACCCUGUGAGGUAGGAGGGACGCUCCCAGAAGGUCCUGGUGGAGCCGCGGAUGCCCUGGGCCGCGAGGGGGCCGCAGGGCCUCCUCAGCCUCCUGCACCGCCUGAAACGAAGCUGGACGUCAGCCCAGUCGAAGAUUUCGAGAGGACUCCGAGCGGCAGGAUCCGACGCACGUCUGCUCAAGUGGCCGUCUUCCAUCUGCAGGAGAUAGCCGAAGACGAGCUGGCCAGGGACUGGACCAAGCGGAGGAUGAAGGACGACCUGGUUCCUGAAACAAAACGACUGAAUUAUACCCGACCGGGGCUUCCGAAGUUGAACCCGAGUCUCCUAGAGACCUGGAAAAAUGAAGUGAAGGAGAAAGGUCACAUCAACUGCCCUAAUAAUUGCUGCGCCGCCAUCUAUUCCAGCGUGUCUGGUUUAAAAGCCCACCUCGCAAACUGCAACAAGGGGGACCACUCGGUGGGAAAAUAUCGAUGUCUUCUGUGUCAGAAGGAGUUUAGCUCAGAAAGUGGAGUCAAGUAUCACAUCAUUAAGACCCACUCGGAGAACUGGUUCCGAACCUCUACAGAGACCGUCCCGAAAAAAAAGAGCAAAGAGCAGACGGCGCCCGACGGCGAAGAGCAAAAGAAAAGCACGGACGGGAAGAAAAGGGGCCGAAAGCCGAAGGAGAGACCCCCGGAAGCUUCCUGCAAAGGCAAAGAGAGCACAGCGGAAAAGACUAACCACAAGAAAACGGCAGGGUCGUGGCAGACCGCAGACUGCAACCCCGACGGGAGAGAGUCUGGCAGCAAGCCCCCCCACAGCAAGAAAGGGGGAGCCAGUAAGAUGCCCGAGAAAUAA